AUGACAGGAACGACUCUACCUAGAAACAAACUCUCUAUCCUCGAUCAGCUAAAGAUUGCCGCGGUUUUGGUCCCAACACCGGUGGUUAUGUCGGCCGCAUUGAUCAAAUCAUUCUUUACGGAGGAUGGAAGGGCUAAAAGCUGGAAGAGAGUCAUAGCGGACAGUACCACGGCAUGGAUUGUUUCGAACAUCAACAGAAGACAAGUUCGUGGAGUCUUCGGUGAAACUGGAACAGUAUACAGGGAUUUUGUAAAGGCAAAGGGAUUGACUCCGGUAAUUGAAGAGCUUGGUCACGACUCAAGGUUGCUCUGGCUCGGACCUAGAAAAUCGGAACGUGUUAUACUCUACUUGCAUGGUGGGGCGUUCUUAUUUGGGGCUCUCCCAUCAACCCCAUACUUUUGGACCCACACUCAAGAUGUUAUCGCAAAGAACGGGAAGGAAGUUGACGUCGCAAUGUUAAAUUAUACUCUUGUCCCUGAUGCAAUGUUCCCUACUCAGUUGAAGCAAGCUGUGCUCGCCAUUCAGCACCUCAUAUCGACGGGAAUAAAGCCAGAGAAUAUCCAACUCGCCGGAGAUUCAGCAGGAGGAGCCCUCAUUCAUGAAGUUCUAUCACAUCUGCUUCAUCCAGUGCCAGACGUCCCCAAACUAGUUUUAUCUGCGCCACUGGGCGGGGCAUACCUUAUGUCUCCAUGGACUUCCCUGAAGGACAGUCCAAUGCUUCGAAGUAAUCAAGGCAGAGGGGACAUUCUUACCCUAUCGACCGUCGUCUACUGGGGGUCUAAAGUCUUGGACGGAGUUCCGGAAUCUGGAAUACCAUACCUUGACGGGAUUAGUGCUCCUGAAGACUGGUUCAAGGGUAUCGACAAGGUGGUCAAGCGUAUUCUGAUUAGCGCCGGAGACGCGGAAGUUUUUCGAGACACUAUCAUCAAGUAUACAAAAACAGUUGAGAAGUAUCACAAAGACGUUACAUUCUUCCUCGAUGAACACGGCGUCCAUGAUGAUCCAUUCCUACACUUCCUUGUUGGAGAACCAAACAGGGGGAAGUUGACCCCAUUCAUAAUCGACUGGCUGGACAAGGGAUUCAAUGUGUAG